GAUGUGACUGCAAAGCCAGGAAGCUACGGGGAAAGUUCUUAUUAAAACGCACAAACAAAAGCCAGGUCCUUGCCGUGCUUGGCGAUGCGUCUGGGGCAGCCGUGGUGAUUUGGACUGGGCCGGGGGCCCAGCCGAGCAAACAGUUUGCUCCCAAGCACACGUGAAUGACCUCAGUGACGGACAUCCCCUCCUCAGGAGGAAAGAGCUGGAACCAGGUGACUUCGUGUUCUCGCUGCUCAGCGUGAGCCUGUGUUCUCGUCCUUGGAUGCCUUUUCCGGCCUGAGCCCUCUCCUCGAAAUCAGGCCUGGCUGAGGGGAGGCCCGCAAAGCACGUGGCUUGCGUGUGCACGUGUGUGCGUGGUGCGUGUGUGCCAGUGAGAGAGCGAGGGGUGAUGGGAGGCUGAGGGUGGGUGUGAGGUGCAGUGUGUGUGGUGUGGGGUGUGCCAGGUGUGUGGACUGCCGGAGUGUCGGAGGUGUGGGGAGUGUGCACGUGCAGGCAUGUGUGGGGCGUGCAGGGGGCGGUCGUACAACACAGAGACGAUACAGAGGACGGGGAGGGUUGCAGCGGAGGGUGUGCAGGGGGACACCUGUCGCCUGGCCAUGUGGUUUGGCCUGAAUUUCCAGGAGGGUCCGAGGUUGCCUUUCCAGGGGUAGGAGAUCUUCUGAGGUUACAGAGGCCAAGGGGCCACUGUAGGAGUUGCCCUGGGACCCGCUGGGCUGGGGGAGGGGGCGUGAGCCGCCCAGCCUCCCAUAGCCCUCAGUGGGCUUGUCCUCCUGCUUCAACGGCCUUCCCAGGACUGCCCUCCACUCCAAAGGACUUCUGGAAGGACCCUCCGCACCAGCCCCCCGGGAACGAGCCUGCCGCUCCACCGAUUUCUGAGGAAAUUCCAGCCCAGCCAAACCAGGGGCUUCCAGCUGAUCACGGGGCCACAUCGGGUCACCCGUGCCGAAGGAAUGGGGGGCAGGCUAAGACUCGUCCCUGCACAGCCUCAGGGGCCCUACGGGUGGGGGGAGGGCCUGAAGGAGCCGGGGCCCUGGUGUGUCCACUUAGCAGGGAGCAGGGGGAGGACUAGGUGCCCAGUAAAUACCCGCUGGGCACCAGGGAGGAGGUGCCCAGGGCCCGGCUGCCAAGGAGUCUUCCUCAAAGGCUCUGCCACUGGGGCUUCGUGCCCCGCCGUUCAGCCCAGGUCACUGGAGAGCUUUUUGGGUCAAGAGGCGUGUGGCUGCUGCCAGUCUGGCCGGGAGUGGUCCCAGACCCCGCGGAGGAGAGAAAGGUCACCGUGGGCGGGUGGGGGCUUCCCUUGGACAACUAUACGGACAGUGUGGACAAAAGUGUCUGGGUCUGAAGAUGACAAAUGGGUGGAGGCGCCAGCACAGGACCCAGAAGGAGGGCUGCCCCGUGAGACCAGCCUGACCCCCCGCUCACCCCUCCUGCCUCGACACCUCGGCCCAGUGCAGCCUCAAGUGCAGGGUUCACGCGUGCGUGGUGCACCCAGGACGGCGUCCAGAACAAAACCCCAUGGCUGGGAGCGAGGCUCAGUCAGGCAGCCCAGCACUCGAGAACCCCGAGCCCCCCGGAGCCUCGGUACAGGCUGAGUGCGGCUGUACUGCAGCCCCGCUGCCUGUGUGUGGCAGCCCUGUCCCAGGGGACCUGGGAACGAGGCCAACUCCUGGGCUCACGAGGUGUGCCGGGAGCGCUGUCCCACCCUGGGCUGUCACUGCGUCCCUGGGGCAGAUGACGUGCAGUCUAGGCUGUGCCUGGUGCUCUGGGGCCUCCACGCGGCAGCUGGGGCAGAGGCAGUGCUUCAGUGGCCAGAGUUACACGUUAACUUAUCCUGUUCUUGUUUAACUUGCUUCCGGGGAUGGCGGCAGCCUCUGACCCAUCCUGGUGCCCUGACUGACUGGCCACAAGGACAGAGAGUGAAUCCUGCCCAGCCCUUGCGGGAUCAGUCUGCUCGGCCAAGGAGCCCCGGGGAGCCGUGGGUGGCACCAGUGUCCAGCCUGCCUUGAGGAGGCCCCGGCCAGACCAUGGCAGGAGCCUGCGACAGGGCCCCUGACUUCCUCUCCCCAUCUGGAAACCAGGUCCUGUGGCCUGCCCUGGGCAGUGUGGUCACUCUGAACUGCACGGCCUCAGUGGUCUCUGGGCCCCACUGCCCCUUGCCCUCGGUCCAGUGGCUGAGAGAUGGGCUGCUGCUGGGCAAUGGAAGCCACUAUGACCUCCAUGAGGACUCCUGGGUCAAGGCCAACUGGUCAGAGGUGCUUGUGUCCAGUGUCCUGGGGAUCAACCUGACCAGUACUGAAGACUUCAGGACCUUCACCUGCUCCGUCCAGAACAUCAGCUCCUCUUCCUUCACUCUUUGGAGAGCUGGCCUGGCUGGACACGUGGCCGCGGUGCUGGCCUCACUUCUGGUCCUGCUGGUCCUGCUGCUGGCAGCGCUGCUAUACGCGAAGUGCCGACUCAAUGUACUGCUCUGGUACCAAGACACGUAUGGGGAGGUGGAGAUGAACGACGGGAAGCUCUACGACGCCUACGUCUCCUACAGCGACAGCCCCGAGGACCGGAAGUUCGUGAACUUCAUCCUGAAGCCGCAGCUGGAGCGGCGGCGGGGUUACAAGCUCUUUCUGGACGACCGCGACCUCCUGCCUCGCGCGGAGCCGUCGGCCGACCUCCUGGUGAACCUGAGCCGCUGCCGGCGCCUCGUCGUGGUGUUGUCCGACGCCUUCCUCGGCCGGGCCUGGUGCAGUCACAGCUUCCGGGAGGGCCUGUGCCGGCUGCUGGAGCUCACGCGCAGACCCAUCUUCAUCACUUUCGAGGGCCAGCGGCGCGACCCCGCACACCCUGCGCUCCGCCUGCUGCGCCAGCAUCGCCACCUGGUGACCCUGUUGCUCUGGAGGCCCGGUUCCGUGACACCUUCCUCCGAUUUUUGGAAAGAGCUACAGUUGGCAUUGCCACGGAAGGUGCAGUACAGAGCGAUGGAGGGAGACCCCCAGACCCGGCUGCAGGAUGACAAGGACCCCAUGCUGAUUGUGCGAGGCCGGGUCCCAGAGGGUCGGACCCUGGACCCGGAGCUGGACCCUGACCCUGAGGGGGACUUGGGUGUACGAGGGCCUGUCUUUGGGGAGCCAGCAGCUCCACCGCAUGCAAGUGGGGUCUCGCUUGGAGAGGGCCAAGGCAGUGAAGUGGAUGUGUCGGACCUUGGCUCCCGAAACUACAGUGCCCGCACGGACUUCUACUGCCUGGUGUCGGAGGAUGACGUGUAGCCCCUGCCCCGUGGAGCAGCAGGUUCACCAGGGACAGCUGGGGCAGGGCUGGGGUGGGUUUUUUUCCCACUCAGCAGGACCACGAGCCCUGUCUCCCUGCAGCCUUGGGACCUCGGGGAAGGAGAGUGGGCCCAGCGACCCUCCUCGCGCCAGAAAUAAAGUCCUCUGGAGCCCCGCCCGGUCUCGGCCUCUGCUCCCCUGGGGCAGGAGGGGGUGUGCAGUGUUCUGAGCGAACACCCCGCCCCUCACUUCCGUCUCAGGCACUCCAGGGCCCUGGAUCCCUUCCUUUUCUCGCUCCAUGGCCACCUGGUCACCGCACCUGGGUGUCCCCUCAAGCCCACCCUCUCCCCAUCCUCCUCCGUCCUGAGCCAGCUGAGGCGUGUCUCUUGCAGCGUCCUCCUCAGGUCUCCCUGCUUGGGGCCGUGACUGUUCCCAGUCCCACUGUGAUCCAGACAGUCCCUGGGGGGCAGGCCCCUUAGAGACUUCAGGUUCUGAGCUUUGCAGAAAAAGCCUGUUGUUGUAAAAAAUGUCAGUGGGAACUUUACAACCAACGGGCCUGGCUUGGUGAGAUGGAGAGGUCCCAGAACCUACUGGACCCCAAGCCUCAGACAGCAUGAGUAUACCUAUCAGGGCACCUCCAGGCCCAGGAAGGCAGGGCAGGGAGAGGUGUUGGAUGCAUCUGCCGCGUGAGCACAGCCCGGCAGGGCAGCACCGAGGCCAGUAGGAGUCACAGCUGCCCCAGAAGUGCUCGUUCCUCUACACACCAGGUCCCCAGCUCUGCUGCUUCUGCAUCUCACUUGGCUUGAGGCUGCCUCUGCUGUCUGCCCCAUCUCCUCCAUUCUCUCCGCCAGCUCUCCUGCUGCUGGACACGCCCUCCUCCCUGUCCUGGGUCCCCUGACGUGGAGAGGCCUGUGUAUGGGCCCAGGGGGGAGUGUCCUAAGGGGCAGGCAUGGUUGCAGGCAUGGUUGCUCUUGGAGACAUUGCUGAGUCCUUGGGUCCGACCCCCAAGUCUGACCAACCAAAGAAGCAUGAGGGGCUGUGGCUGCUGUGUUCACGGCCACCUUUAUUCCCAUUGCUGGCUGUCCCGAGGCACUGCUGGGCCACAGCCAGAGCCACCUCUGCCAGUGUGACCUGGCCACCACCCCACGCAUCAGAGCAGCCUCAAGCCCUGCCCCACCCCCUGCCCUGCAGAAGCCAAUUCCCCAGCCGCAAGCCCCUGUCCCCUCCCCCGUGGCCCAGGCCUUCAAGUUGCACGUGGAUGGGGCUCCAGCGAGAGCCCCUGGGCCGUCAUCAACCUUCUCCUCCAGGCCAGCUGGCGAGCAGCCCUGAGCUGAGCCCUUCCCUUGGAGGCGGGUCACAUCGCACGCUCCUUCUCCAAGGGAGGCUUCGCCUACGGGCCCAGGAAGUCUUCCUUUCGGUAGCCCUUCUGCGGCGGAGAGGGGCCUGGAGUCAGGGCGCUGCUGCUCUGCAUCCCGCCCCCCCAGGCCCCUGGUCUUAUGGGUGCCCUGGGCCACGUGGGUUUCCGUGUCCUUCCCUGCCGUCCCGUGCCCGCGCCCCACGCUCGCAGCCCCGCCUGCCCUGGGCCGCGGGAACAUACCGCCCGGAAAUCCCGGUGGAGCUUGUUGUACUGCCACAGGUUGGCCAGGAGGCUGGAGGCUGCC